UGCUCGCCCGGAGUAGGGGAAAGGCGAAGGCGGGGAAGGCUCUGGCCCCACUCAAAAUGGAGCCAAGCGCCUGCCUCGCCUAAGAUGGCGGCCUCCCCGCCUUUCGGUUCCGGGUUCUCAGCGUCGAUUGGGUACCUGGGGAGUCGAGCGGGUCCAAAGGUGGCCGAGCCCCGCCCCCUUUCUCAAGGUGACGCUCCGCCCCCGAUGGCGUCACGCGGGAGCCGGGGCCCGCCCUUCCCCGCCUGUGCCGCGGUUACCUCGCGUGUCCGGCCUUCAUAAGAUGGCGGUCGGGUCGCCUACCCGCGGCGGCACCGCCACUCUCAACAUGGUAGCUGUUUACCCCGUAUUUCUCCUCCCCUCUCCGCCUCAACUUCCUCGUUGUUUUGAAUAAACUUUAUUGACUACUCUGAAUUGCCUAUCACCGCCACCGGGCUUCUCCCGGCGAUUUUUCGGGCUGUUUUUCUCCAACUGGGCCGCCGGUUCAUCUCCUUCCUCGUUGGUUUGCUCGCGGCGAUCUCCUGCCAGCCCAGCGACGCCGCCGCUUGCCUGUUCGUCAGGCGGCCGCCGGACUAGGCCCGAGCCGCGGGCUCCAGUAGGCCCUAACAGCCGGGCCUGGGGCAGAGCUGUGGAGAAAAUUGCCCUGAAGCAACCGCAGGUCGGCCAGGGCCGCGCGACCCAGCGGGUGGCUCGAGUGUAAGGCGAGAGAGGUUCGCUGCGUUGCCGUGACGAUCCCAGAAUUCGGUGCGCGUCGCCUGUGGGGCCGGAACUGCUGGCCGAACCUUCGCUGAGCGAGGCGCUGAGAAGCUCCGGAGCGAGCCCGGCCGCCGGCGCUUCGGUGGAACUGAGCUCAGCGGGCGUGAGGAAUCCCUGCGGCUUUGCAGAUGAGGAGGUCCCUGUAGGGUUCCGGACCGAAUACGUUCUUGUCAGGUUUGGGGCGUGAGGAGGUUCCUGUCAGUUUGGGAGGCGUGAAGAGAUUCUCCCUUCGUCCAGAGAGAACGCGUGCUGCCGCCUCCCGCUCCCUUUGACGCUGAGAACCUGGCCCACCGCAGAACGCUCCAAGGCCAGGCGAAGAUGGCCUCGGUACCGGUGUAUUGCCUCUGUCGGCUGCCUUACGAUGUCACCCGCUUCAUGAUCGAGUGUGACAUGUGCCAGGACUGGUUUCAUGGCAGUUGUGUUGGUGUUGAAGAGGAGAAGGCUGCUGACAUUGACCUCUACCACUGCCCCAAUUGUGAGGUCUUACAUGGGCCCUCCAUCAUGAAAAAACGCCGUGUAUCUUCAAAAGGCCAUGAUACACACAAGGGGAAGCCAGUGAAGACGGGAAGCCCUACGUUCAUUCGAGAGCUUCGGAGUAGGACCUUUGACAGCUCAGAUGAAGUGAUUCUGAAGCCCACUGGAAGUCAGCUGACCGUGGAAUUCCUGGAAGAGAAUAGCUUCAGUGUGCCCAUCCUGGUCUUGAAGAAGGAUGGAUUGGGGAUGACGCUGCCCUCACCAUCAUUCACUGUGAGGGAUGUGGAACACUAUGUUGGUUCUGACAAAGAGAUUGAUGUGAUUGAUGUGACCCGCCAGGCCGACUGCAAGAUGAAGCUUGGUGAUUUUGUGAAAUAUUAUUAUAGCGGGAAGAGGGAAAAAGUCCUCAAUGUCAUUAGUUUGGAAUUCUCUGAUACCAGGCUUUCUAACUUUGUGGAGACACCCAAGAUUGUUCGGAAGCUCUCAUGGGUGGAGAACUUGUGGCCAGAGGAGUGUAUCUUUGAGAGGCCCAACGUGCAGAAGUACUGCCUCAUGAGCGUGCGGGAUAGUUAUACAGACUUUCACAUUGACUUUGGUGGCACGUCGGUCUGGUACCAUGUGCUCAAGGGUGAGAAGAUCUUCUACCUGAUCCGCCCAACAAAUGCCAAUCUGACUCUCUUUGAGUGCUGGAGCAGCUCCUCUAACCAGAAUGAGAUGUUCUUUGGGGACCAGGUGGACAAGUGCUACAAGUGUUCUGUGAAGCAAGGACAGACACUUUUCAUUCCUACAGGAUGGAUCCAUGCUGUGCUGACCCCCGUGGACUGCCUUGCCUUUGGAGGGAACUUCUUACACAGCCUUAACAUUGAAAUGCAGCUCAAAGCCUAUGAGAUUGAGAAGCGGUUGAGCACAGCAGACCUCUUCAAGUUCCCCAACUUUGAGACCAUCUGUUGGUAUGUGGGAAAGCAUAUCCUGGACAUCUUUCGAGGUUUGCGAGAAAACAGGAGACACCCUGCCUCCUACCUGGUCCAUGGUGGGAAAGCCCUGAACUUGGCCUUUAGAGCCUGGACAAGGAAAGAAGCUCUGCCAGACCACGAGGAUGAGAUCCCAGAGACAGUGCGGACCGUACAGCUCAUUAAAGAUCUGGCUAGGGAGAUUCGCCUGGUGGAAGAUAUCUUCCAACAGAACGUUGGGAAGACAAGCAAUAUCUUUGGGCUGCAGAGGAUCUUCCCAGCCGGCUCCAUUCCCUUAACCAGGCCAGCCCAUUCCACUUCAGUAUCCAUGUCCAGGCUGUCACUGCCCUCCAAAAGUGGUUCAAAGAAGAAAGGCCUGAAGCCCAAGGAAUUCUUCAAGAAGGCAGAGCGAAAGGGCAAGGAGAGCUCAGCCUUGGGGCCUGCUGGCCAAUUGAGCUAUAAUCUCAUGGACACAUACAGUCAUCAGGCACUGAAGACAGGCUGUUCCCAGAAAGCAAAGUUCAACAUCACUGGUACCUGCUUGAAUGACUCAGAUGAUGACUCGCCAGACUUGGACCUUGAUGGGAAUGAGGGCCCGCUGGCCCUGUUGAUGUCUAAUGGCAGUACCAAGAGGGUAAAGAGCUUAUCCAAGUCUCGGCGAGCCAGGAUCACAAAGAAGGUAGACAAGGCUAGGCUGGUGGCAGAACAUGUGAUGGAGGAUGAAUUUGACUUGGAUUCAGAUGAUGAACUGCAGAUUGACGAGAGACUGGGAAAGGAGAAGGCAACCCUGAUAAUAAGACCAAAAUUUCCCCGAAAGUUGCCCCGUGCGAAGCCUUGCUCUGACCCCAACCGAGUUCGUGAACCAGGAGAAGUUGAGUUUGACAUUGAGGAGGACUAUACAACAGAUGAGGACAUGGUAGAAGGGGUUGAAGGCAAGCUUGGAAAUGGGAGUGGAGCUGGUGGAAUUCUUGAUCUGCUCAAGGCCAGCAGGCAGGUGGGGGGACCUGACUAUGCUGCCCUCACCGAGGCCCCUGCCUCUCCCAGCACUCAGGAGGCCAUCCAGGGCAUGCUGUGCAUGGCCAACCUGCAGUCCUCAUCAUCCUCGCCAGCUACCUCCAGCCUGCAGGCCUGGUGGACCGGGGGGCAGGACCGAAGCAGUGGGAGUUCCAGCAGUGGGCUGGGCACAGUGUCUAGCAGUCCUGCUUCCCAGCGCACCCCAGGGAAGCGGCCCAUCAAGCGGCCAGCGUACUGGAGAACCGAGAGCGAGGAGGAGGAGGAGAACGCCAGUCUCGAUGAACAGGACAGCUUGGGAGCAUGCUUCAAGGAUGCAGAGUAUAUUUACCCUUCCCUGGAGUCUGACGAUGAUGACCCUGCUUUGAAAUCUCGACCCAAGAAAAAGAAGAAUUCAGAUGAUGCUCCAUGGAGUCCUAAAGCCCGUGUGACCCCAACUCUACCAAAGCAGGACCGUCCUGUGCGUGAGGGGACUCGGGUAGCUUCCAUUGAGACAGGCUUGGCUGCAGCAGCUGCAAAGUUGGCCCAGCAGGAGCUACAGAAGGCCCAAAAGAAGAAAUAUAUCAAGAAGAAGCCUUUGUUGAAGGAGGUAGAACAGCCUCGCCCUCAAGAGCCUAAUCUCAGCGUGGCAGUACCAGGCCCAACUCUGGCCACUACACCCCAACUUCUCACCUCCUCCUCACCCCUGCCUCCCCCUGAGCCUAAACAAGAGGCCCUCUCAGGAAGUCUUGCUGACCAUGAGUAUACUGCUCGUCCCAACGCCUUUGGCAUGGCCCAGGCAAACCGCAGCACCACACCCAUGGCCCCUGGUGUCUUCUUGACCCAGCGGCGCCCUUCAGUUGGCUCCCAGAGCAAUCAAACAGGACCAGGAAAGCGUCCCAAAAAGGGCCUGGCUACAGCAAAGCAGAGACUCGGCCGUAUCCUGAAAAUCCACAGAAAUGGCAAACUGCUUCUGUGAUCCCCUUUGUGUCCUACCCCUCACCCCUUCACCCCCACUGCCUUCUCCGUUGUCAAUUCUCGGGGCACUCCUGGAUCCUGCCUGCCCCGGACAAGGUGCUGAGGCGCAUUGUCCUGCUUUCUUGGAACUGACCAAAGGCACGGACUCUCCCAUGGGCCCCUUCACCUACUCCCUCAACUCCCUUCCCCACUUCCACUGGAGCAUCCUGCCUGCCUUUUGCAUAUCUCUGAGUAGCCAGUAAAUGGGAGAGGUUUCCAGCUGACUAGAGCCCUCUUUUCUGCUGCCCCAAUCCAUUUCCCUUUCACCAGCUUUGUCUGCCCUUUACUGUCAUCCCCACUUAAAGCUGGAAAGCAGGACGAGGAGAGGCAUGAGGAGAGCCUGGGCCCCUCGGUAUUUCCCUGGUCAUGAAGUGGGAGGCCCAGUGCUCAACACUUUCUGUGGCUCCAUCCCUGUCUCCAGAAGCCUGCCCACCUCUGCCCAUUCUCCUGCCUCCUCUUAGCCCAAUGGAUGUGUCCCACUCAAGACUCGUUCCUGGGAGAAGGCUCUGGCCUCUGCCCCCUCUUGCCAAAUGCUUCAUGGAAAUAAAGAGGAGGGCCCAGAGUCUUCUUGCUGCGCCACCGUGGGCCAUUUCCAGAGUGGCCUAGAAAGGCCAUGGGCUGACUUCAUUCAUCCUCGGGAGGAAGAGAGAUUCCUGUCACUUCUCAAGGUGGGGAGAGGACCAACACCCAAGACUUUGACCGAGACUUUGUAGCCCAUUGGAGGAAACUACUUUUGGGUGGCUACAGACGAAGCCACCUCUCCCAGGGUGAGCUUCAGGGAUUUGCCUAGAGUUUGAGGUCCUGCAGAACAUUAUCCACAUAGCUUUGGCUGGGCCCCAGGAUGCAAAAACCAUCUCCCAAAUGCCUUGAAAGCAUCUGCCACUGAAGCAGAUAGCCCUUGCUCUACGGCCUGAUCCCUUCACCCGUACCACAGAGCACAGCCUGGACCUUCUGGAGAGGAUGUGGCAGGACAGCUCACCCCAGGUUCUCCAUCAGGAGCCUCCCUGCUUCUCUCCCCACCUUGAGGUCUUGGUCUGAAGAAGACUUCAGAACUCACAUCUUCACUCCUGGACCUUUACACUCCCAGAUGUCAGGUGGACGCUCAAGCAGAGUGCUGAUGUGGGGGGAGCCCGAGCCUAGGAGCGGAGAUGCCCACCUGUAAAGGAGCAGAUCAUCUGAACCUCCCACCCCCUCUUCCCUUUGUGAAUGUUUCUAUUGUCCAGACAGUGCCCACCCCCUCCCUCACCCUCCCCCAGCUCCCUCCACCUCCCACCUGUCUUGCCUCCCUGGUGACCUGGACUGGAUGGAGAAUGUCUCCCUCUCUCCAUUUCGGCACUGCCCAAGUGGAGUGCUUCAUUGUCUUCUACCCCCCACUUUAACUUCACCUCAGUUUUCUCAGUGCUUCUGGGGAACUUAACAGCUACUGUGCAGGCCACAGGGAAUAUGUGAGGCUUCCCUGGUUGUCUUCGUGUCUCCAGUUUGUCUUUCUUUUCUCCACAGCCCAUCUACUCUCCUUCCUUGGAAUCAGGGGUCCCUUAGCCCCAUUUCCUUUUCCUAUCUUGGGGGCCCCAGGGGCCAAGCAGUCCUCCAUCUAUUCACACCAAAGGCAAAAAAGCCUGGCUACCUCCCCCUUAGCACGUGAGGUUCCCACUCCCCUUCCCUCUGUUUCUGCCCAGCUUUGCUUUUCUUGGGGAUUUCAAAGCAACAGAGGGUAGUGAGGGGAGGGAAGGAGGGCAGCCUGUGUCCCUGUGUAGGCAACUGCCUGACUAGGCCCUGACUGCUGUAACCAAGACCAGGACCCCAGCCCUUCUGCCCAUUAACACCCCCCUCCCCUUGAUCCUUCAAAGGCAGCUAAUUGCUAGCAUAUCCCCCCUGGUUCCAGGCCUCUUUCCCUUCUGUUUCUUUGUUAAAAGUUUUGUGGAGCUGAAACCCAACCUCCAUUUGACUGGGUUUCUGUUUAAUUUAGUUGGGCUCUCAGAGCUGGCUGUUUGUUGUUUUGUGUUUUAAAUGAAAAGCAAGUUUACCCUCAGAUUUACGCUUUUCCAAAGAGGCUAGUGUGCUUUUUUUUUUUUUUAAAUGUUUCAGGUUCUAAGUGAAGUGAGUUGGGGAGGGGUUGGGAGUGGUUGUAACCAAGGUUUAGAACAUGAUGAGAGAGUUACCUCUGGUCUCCAAUCCCCAGCACAGAGCUGGGGCUUGGAUAGGGGGCAGGGAGAGAGGAUUUCUAUUCACCUUUAAUAUAUUUUUACAAAAAAGCAAUUUAAAAACAAGCCCACCGCUUCUGUACAUGUCUAAAUAUAUUUUUAGAAGUGGGUAGGAUUGUGAAUUUCUGAUGCAGGGCCUUUUUAUAAACAGGUUAGAAUAGCAUCAUACAGACUUCUCUGUUGGUUUUUUUUCCCCUGUUUUUUUCUUAUGUUGUGUUACUAAUGUAAUUUAUAUAUAUUUUUUAGAUCCUCCCUUUCCUAUAGAGAUAAAAGUGAUUUAUCUUGGCAA